AUGACGACCUUCACCAAAAUCUCUGAGGAUGCCACCCCCUCAAUCAGCAUUGACACCGACCGUGUCCUGUCUGAGAUCAAGCCAGAAAUCUACUCCGGCUUUACAGAACACAUGGGAAGAUGUAUUUACGGCGGUCUCUAUGAUCCCGGCAACUCCCUCUCAGACGAGAACGGCUUCCGGAAGGAUGUCAUUGAGGUUUUCCAAGAAUUGAAGACACCCGUUGUUCGGUAUCCCGGAGGGAACUUCGUUGCGACCUACCAUUGGUACGAGGGGGUUGGACCGAAGGAGAAUAGACCAGCGAGGCCUGAGCUUGCAUGGGACGGGGUCGAGAUGAACACAUUCGGUACUGAUGAGUUCAUGAAAUGGUGUAAAGUUGUGGGGACGGAGCCGUAUUUGGCGCUUAAUAUGGGCACUGGUACCCUUGAUGAAGCUUUGGGAUGGGUUGAGUACUGCAACAGUGAUAAGAACACAUACUGGGCCAAUAUGCGCCGAAAGAACGGUCAUGAGAAACCAUACAAUGUUAAAUACUGGGCUCUCGGAAACGAAGUCUAUGGAGAAUGGCAGGUAGCGGCAAUGACCAAGGAGGAUUACGCGAAGAAAGCGUACCAAUGGGCAAAGGCCUUGAAGCUCCUUGAUCCCUCAAUCACUCUUAUUCUUUGCGGUGAGACCGGGUACUCAGACUGGGAUCGAUAUGUCUUGCAGGAGUGCAUUAAGUGGACCGACAUGCACUCCAUCCACAUCUACACAUCUGACAAAGAACAUCUCCCCAACGCCAGCGCUCCCCUCUCAGCCGAACGCUCCAUUGAGAUAGUCGCGGCCUACAUCGACCAAGCACGCAUCCAAGCGAAGUGCAAGACCCGACCGACAAUCUGCUUCGAUGAAUGGAACAUCUGGGACCCCAUCCGCGCGCCUGGAGACAAGGGCGCGGAAGAGCUAUACACCGUAUCGGACAUGUUAGCCAUGGCCGUCUGGUGUAACGUUUUCAUUCGUCAGUCCAAGUGGCUCGGAAUGACAAACAUCGCUCAAAAUAUUAACGUGAUUGCCCCUGUCAUGACCACGCCCCGUGGCCUCAUUAAACAGACAAUCUACUUCCCUUACUUCCUCUUCACAAACUACAUGCGCGGAAACACGCUCGGCACCCAUCUUAGGUGCGGAACAUACGACGGUAGGACUCAACCUGACUGGAUUGAGACCACUAUGGAUACCCCUUGGCUGGACGUGUCCGCCUCGUUGUAUGAAGGAAAGGUCGGUCUUGCAGUCGCAAAUAUCCACCCAGAGAAGGCGUUUGAUGUCGAGAUCAAGGGACUUCCAGAGGGUGCCGAGGUGGACGUCUACUAUGUUACCGGCGAGAACCUGACUGAUGUCAACACUGAGGAGAAGCAAACUGUGGGUAUCAAGGAGAGCAAGUGGACCUCAAAGGCAAAGUAUACUUUCCCUAAGCAUUCGUUCACUCUGCUGAGGUGGAAAGCAUAA